UUUAAAGGGCAGGUCUGCCACGGCUGUCGGUGCAGUCUCUGUCAGUGCGAGAGGAACUGGGCUGCGUUACCGGGCAACGUCAGGGAAGAAAAGGGGCCGCGAGCGUCACCGCGGCAACCGGAGUCCACGAAGGGAGGGCGGAGAAGGUUAACGGUGAGAAGCCGCGAGCGUCACCGGGGCAACCUGGCUUUGAGGGCGGGGCAGGAGGAACAAGGAGGCCCGGCAACUGUUACCCUUGGCAACAGCGGAGCCCUUGGAGCCGGCAGCGAGCAGCCCGAGGAGCGAGGCCUGCAUUCGACUGAGGCGAGGAGGAUGCGGCAGGAUGUGAAGGAGCAAGCACGGCUGCUGGCCCGCUAUUACCUGCAGCAUUGCCUGAACCCGGCUCGGGAGCUGAGGCCGCCCAACAAGACGGCCUUCACCCUUCGCAAAGUGGCGGACCAGAUGGUGGAGCAACACCAGGCCGUCUUCAGCAACAUGAAGAGCCGUUUCGACAACGGCCUGCAAAUGGCGGCCAGGCCGCGGAAGGCGGCGGCCGGGCCCGAAGGAGAAGCGUCGGCGGCGGUGGCGAACCCCGCGUCGGGCCGGGAGGAGACCGACACCCCUACGGCGGCGGUGGCCGCGGCCGAUUUCCUGCGCCGAGUAGUGGAGGAGAUGUCGGCCGACGAGAAGAUGAACUGGGGUCGGGUGGUGAGCAUCUUCGCCUUCGCCGGAGUAUUGUGCCGGCACCUGAGGGACUCGGACAUCGUCAUGAACCCGGAGGCCGGGCCCAGCCCAGUGGAUUCGCUGGCGGAGAGUGUGGCCAAUUAUCUGGGCAAGGAGCGGCGAGAGUGGAUUGAACAGAACGGAGGCUGGGAGGGAUUUCUCAGAUUCUUUGGCAGUGAUGACCAUUGGCAAGAGUCAACAGUACGCAACAUGCUGAUAACAGUUGCUGGGUUUGGCAUAGCUGGAUUAGCUUGCCUUCUUGCUGUCCGAUAGACUGGUGCUUCUAACCAAUUGGAACAGUUGCUAACAUCUAGACGAUAUAAAUUUCUCAGCACAAUGUUUUUCAUUUAUAUCUCCAUUUCUAAGGUAUUUUUGGAGGUUGCCAUUGUGUGCGACAUUACAGCAAGAAGUCUGAAGAUUUUCAAAACUUGUCUGCAGUUUUGCUAGUGUUAUGUUUGUACACUUAAAUUUCAUUUAAUAUACUGCCUACAACACAACCAAGUAUGUCAAUGUUUUAAAAAUUCUUUAAGAAUAGGGCUUGAAAAAAAUUACGGUUUUAGCCAAAUUAUAGAAAUUAGCCUCUUUCUACAGCCUAGUUCUGUUCUGAGGAUCUCAAAGAAUUGCACUAACCUGUUUAGUAAUCCAGAUAUGACAAAGCAUAGCCAAAUACUUUGACUUCGUCACAAAAGACUUGUCUGUACGGUCUUUUUUGCAACACAAUCAGUUAAGGCAACUGACAUCUUUUUCCAAAAUUUAAAAGAAAACUCCUAUUACAAAUUGAAAGGUUCCUAUGUAUAUGUCCAGUACUAUUAGUUUCUCCUCCUGUUCAAUGUUUCUGUCAUUAGUUUGGUCUAUGAAAGACCAUUAUUAUAAUUUUAUAGUAAUGCUUGUUCAAUCUUUUCAAUUUUAAACAAUAGCCACAACUUUAGUGAAAUGGUAUUUCUAUAUUUAUGUACAGUGUAAACGUUAGCCAGCAAAUCAUUGCAAGCAAAGUAAUUUUAAAAUUUUUCCACUAGCAAAGUGUUAAUUCUGUACUGUAUCAAAGUUGUAUUACAUUGUUCAUGCAAGUUAGAAUUUUGUGAGCAAUUCAGUUGUGGAACUUCACUGGCAAGAUCGCAAUUUAAACUUCCCAUCAAAUAUUAAAUUGCAUAAUAUUUAUUUUAUUAAAAUAAAAUCAUGCUGUGAUUUUAA